AUAGCUCGUUCGUUCCAUUCCCUGCAACUCAACUCUACGGUUUCCCCUGAGUAUACCGGAAUCAUUUGAGAAUCUUUACCCGUCGUUUGCGCUGGCUUUGUUCUGUACAAAAAUCUUUCUUUACCUCUCACAAAGCUUGUUCCAGUCCCCUCAAACUCAACUCUACGGUUUCUCUCUUCGAUCCUGUCUCUUCCAUUGGAGUAGAUUUUGCUUCUGCUCGCAAAACGCAAAACUGGGUGUCCUUUUCUGGAGUUUGACACAGGUGGUGAACUGGGUCUGUUGGGCUCUGUUUUUAGUUUGGGGGUUUGAGUGGGAAUUAACAGAUAUGGUUAUGUCAGUGGUGUCUCCGAGGAGAUCCAUCAGAGAUACUUUAUUUCAGAGUGUCGGAGGCCAUUAUAGUCAACAGAAGAAGUGUUCUUACGGUUGUUUGGAGGAUGAAGGAACAACGGAGCUUGUGCAGAUCGGAGCUGAGAGGACCAAGAAUGUAUUGAUUUUGAUGAGUGAUACUGGUGGUGGGCAUCGAGCUUCUGCUGAAGCAAUCAGGGAUGCGUUUAGGUUGGAAUUCGGGGAUGAAUACAGGAUAAUUAUUAAGGAUGUGUGGAAAGAGUACACUGGCUGGCCGUUAAACGACAUGGAGAGAUCAUAUAAAUUCAUGGUGAAACACGUACGGCUCUGGAAGGUUGCAUUCCACAGUACCUCCCCUCGAUGGAUUCACUGUGUAUAUCUAGCAGCCAUGGCUGCCUUCUAUGCCAAAGAGGUGGAGGCUGGUCUGAUGGAGUAUAAACCAGACAUUAUCAUUAGUGUUCAUCCUCUCAUGCAACAUAUUCCUCUGUGGGUACUUAAAUGGCAAGGCCUUCAGAAGAAAGUGGUAUUUGUUACAGUCAUUACAGACCUCAAUACCUGUCAUCCCACUUGGUUUCAUACCAGUGUGACUAGGUGCUACUGUCCCUCAGAGGAGGUAGCCAAGAGGGCGUUGCUAGAUGGUCUAGAGUCCUCUCAGAUCCGUGUAUUUGGCUUGCCCAUUCGACCCUCCUUCUGUCGAGCAAUUCUUUCUAAGGAUAAGUUAAGAAAAGAGUUGGAUAUGGACCUUGGGUUACCUGCUGUAUUGCUGAUGGGAGGUGGUGAAGGGAUGGGUCCUGUGGAGAAAACUGCAAAAGCUCUUGAAGAAGCAUUGUUUAAUGAAGAGCUUGGAAAGCCAAUGGGACAAAUUGUUAUUAUAUGUGGCCGUAAUAAAUCCCUUGCCUCUACCUUGGAAUCAAUCGAAUGGAAUGUCCCUGUGAAGAUAAGAGGGUUCGAGACCCAGAUGCAAAAAUGGAUGGGUGCUUGUGACUGUAUUAUUACUAAAGCUGGGCCUGGUACAAUUGCUGAGGCUUUGAUAAGGGGGCUUCCCAUUAUCCUCAAUGACUUCAUCCCAGGACAGGAAGUUGGCAAUAUCCCUUACGUGGUAGACAAUGGCGCUGGUGUCUUCUCUCGUAGCCCAAAGGAAACAGCUAACCUCGUCGCUGAGUGGUUCGAUUCCAAAACAGAAGAACUCAAGAAGAUGUCAGAGAAUGCGGUGAAGCUAGCACAACCAGAUGCUGUGUUCAACAUUGUAAGGGACAUUCAUGAUCUUACACGUCAACGCGGCCCCUUAACCAGCAUUCCUUAUCCACUGACUUCAUCAUUCUCAUACCCAAUCUAAUUAAAUCCAUCUUCCAGUGGGACAAGUCCUACUCAUGUGCCAUGUACAGCUGGUAUUGAAUUAUUCUUUGGCCUUAAGUGGCAAUGUUUGCUAAUAAAUCUUGUAAAUAUUUCCAUAAGUAGUCUCAAGUGUUUUUCUUUUUUCUCUCUUCCUCUUUUUAUUCCCCACUAGGGUUAGUGUGCUUUGGGUCCCUUAGGAGGAGAAGGGUAUUUGUAUGAUGAAUGUGAAUUCUGAAUCUAUUGUAGACCCAACUUCCUGAGUUACCUUGGUUUUCUGCUUA